AAAAUAUUGAGGUGGUUUGUAGAUGGAUGAUGGGGAGAUAUCAAAGGGAGACAAGCUUAUCAUGAGGGGAUUGAAGUUCCAUGGUUAUCAUGGGGUGCAUGAGGCAGAGAAAAAGUUGGGUCAGAAAUUCUUGGUGGAUAUAGAUGCCUGGUUAGAUCUGAAAAAGGCCGGUGAGACCGAUAAUCUGAACGACACUGUCAGUUACUUUGAAAUUUACAGAUUGGUGAAGGGGGUUGUGGAAGGGCCAUCCCACAACCUGUUGGAGUCAGUUGCUAACACUAUUGCUUGCAGUAUAUUAACAGCCUACCCUCCGAUAACUGCACUUCGUGUGAAAUUAGGGAAGCUUCAUGUAGCUGUUCAAGGCACCAUCGAUUAUUUGGGAGUCGAGAUUUACAGAAACAGGCCCAAGUAGUUUGUCAUUUUUGUCAAAGCAAUUGUCUCUAUUGUAUUUUAUGAAAUAUAAACCGAGUUAUUCGUCUU